AUGUCAGUGGUGUGGAAGUAUGACGGGGGCCGCGAGUCUAUGGCCUACAGCCUGAGGUCGGCGGAGAGUAUUCACGACCGUGUUGAUGCCUUUGUGCCGCCAGCCUACACCCGGCUGCCGCUGCCGCUGCCGCUCCAAGAAACCCGUACACACGGCGCAGCUCCUAUUAAAGGCAAGGCCUACGACGUUUUCAUGCGUCGCAAAGAAGGUCUGGAGUUUUUCCUCAACGAGGGGGAAGUGGACACAAAGCGAGCGCUACUGGAGGGGCUGACUGGUCAACCAGAGCACACCAUCAGGACGUCAGCGUCGUCGGCGCCGUAUGCAGCGGACACCGUGGCCUCUCGCAUGCGUGGCUCGCUCUGUGACGCCUCCCACGUGAGGUCGUCGCAGCUCAUGCUUCAGUUGGUGUCGCACGUUCUCUUGAGUCGCACGAACCCAACGCGGAUAGACACUGCAUGCAUUGCCACCGUGGACCUAAACCACACCGUGUUAGGUGCUGUCGGCCUCCACGAGCCUCUAUUCCAUUUUGACGCCCAUGGCGACCCGAUUCUGAGGCACAGUGAAGGUUUCUGUCAGUUUCCUGAUGAAAGACAUGGCAGACACAAAAUAAAGCAGGCCAAACUACAGGAGAUGGCCCUGCGCAGUCUCGCCCUCGCCUAUGUGACGCCGCUGCUCUGGAUGCCGGGAGGUGGGCGCUUCCAGGUCACACAGCUUAUAUGCCAUCAUUGUUGUCUGGGGGACCAGGACGCAAAGGUUCUCGCCCGUAUUUUGCGUAAGCGCCGCGCUCUCCGUCAUGUGUGUUAUUUAGAACACAUUGACCUUUCAUUCAACAAUAUCACAGACGACGGCGCUGAGGCGCUCAAGAAGGCAAUUAAAUACAACAAGUGCAUUCGAAGGUUGGUUCUGUUGGGAAACGAGGGCAUACAGAAGAUGGGGAUCCUUGAGUCAAUACAGAGGAGACUCAAACGGAAUCAGGAGGGGCGGGCCAAUUGGACUCUGCUGCAGCAUCUAAAGUGGAUAUUCACAGGUUCCUAG